UCUUGCUUGCUCAUUUAUUUGGGAGUAUAUUUGUAAUCGCUGCUUUUAGACGUUUUACCGCAAUACAAUGAAGGAGAGAAGGAAUCCUCCUCAGCCCGCCGUGGUCAGGUGGAAGCUCGUGUUGGUGGGGGAAGUGCACUGUGGGAAGACGGCCAUGCUACAAGUGUUGGCCAAAGACUGUUACCCUGAGACCUAUGUACCCACAGUGUUUGAAAACUACACAGCUAGCUUGGAGACAGAGGAGAAUCGUGUGGAGCUCAGUUUAUGGGACACAUCAGGUUCCCCAUAUUAUGAUAAUGUCCGUCCACUCUGCUACAGUGACUCCGAUGCCGUAUUGCUCUGCUUUGAUGUAAGCCGACCAGAAAGUCUUGAUAGUGCAUUAAAGAAGUGGAAGACAGAAAUUGUGGACUACUGCCCCAACACAAGAGUACUACUGAUAGGCUGCAAAACAGACCUGAGAACUGACUUUAGCACCAUUAUGGAGCUGUCCAACCAGAAACAGACUCCAGUGUCCUAUGAACAGGGUUGUGCUGCAGCCAAGCAAAUGGGAGCUCAGAGCUAUCUAGAGUGUUCAGCCUUCACAUCAGAAAAAAGUGUGCACAGCAUAUUUCGUUCUGCAUCUUCACUGUGUCUGUCUAAACCCACACCACCCAACCGUAGAAGCCCUGUCCGGAGUUUAUCGAAGAGACUGUUAAAUCUGCCAAGCCGUUCUGAAUUAAUUUCUUCAACCUUCAAGAAAGAGAAGGCCAAGAGCUGUUGCCUGAUGUAGGGCUGCAUGACAGGCAUGAAACAUGGACUCUUGUAUUAGACUUUGGACAUUCCCCAGCGUUCUUUAUCACCUCUGGCAAAGAAUGCCAGGCCUGGGGGUGAAGAUCCUGAGAGCAGUAACCUCACCCCCAGGGAUUGAGCUGGCACAGAGGCUUGGCGAUGAAGGGCUGAGAAAAUUUGCACAAAGACUGAUUGCACAUGAGAGGUGGAGUUGGAGCCUGAAUGGUGUGGUGGAGAUAUCUGGAAACCACUCAAAUAAAAAAGCUGCUUUCAAUAGAAUUAUCCCUUCCCAUACCUUGGCCAACUCCCUGGACUUGCCAGAAAAUUAUCAUUACAGUGUUAACCCUGUGGUACUUGUGCCUAUACAUUAUUGUAUAGGUAGCAGCUGUUGGUGAAACUGCUGGUAUAAAGUAGUUUUCUUCCCUGCGCUGUGAGGACUGUGUAUAAAUUUUAAUUUUUUAUUUUAAUCAACUGUAAAUCUGUGUGCUUGAUCUGUGACUAAGUUUAUUUAUUGAAAAUAUAUGGGAGCAACAAAUCUGGACACGUUCAUUUCAGAACAUCUUGGCGUGGCAUAAAUAAACCC